AUGAACUUCAAAGACAGGUUCAGAAAGGUGUUCCACCGACAUUCCAAUGGCCACUCGAGUUCGAAUUCCAAAAGCAUCUCUAAGUCAAAAUCGAACGGAAAUGGCAAUGGCAUCAAGAUUGAGUACUACAAACGUGGUGAAAUCCCGCCGUCCAAAUUCCGUGGCCCCUUCGAUCCUGAACACCAAAAGAGAUUGGCCGCCUGGUCAUUCGAGGCUGCGCAGGCUGAGCGCCCCCGCGCUUUAGAUCCCCCACUGUCUCCCUGUACAACAUUAUCACAGUACUUGGACCCGCAUCAUGGCGAGAGCGAGGACGAAAGCGUGGCUCCAGACCAGAUCUGCGAGACAGCACCCCCAGAGGUGGGAUUGCUUGACUCUUCCGCCACUGUUUCCCACCACGAGUAUGCUCCGGGUCGACAGGAAGAAUCAUCGGGAUCAUCGUCGUCUACUGCCGUCGAAUCAAGCAGUUAUAGUAAUUCAUCAAUGACCUUGUACUCUGACGAUGCUCGAAUGGAUUCCAUUGCGCAAAUCAAGGAAUCGGUCCGGUACACCUCACCGAUGCUUCGCGCCGUGUCACCACCGCCGCCAACAUCCACAAAGGGGACCUUGAUGCCCUUUUCACCAGAUGAUCUGACUCGAGCGUUGAACGCCGUUCAGAUCUGCUCAUAA